GAAAAUGAAGAUGUUGUUGCCAUGGGAACUGUUAAUCCUUCUGUCACUCAAAGAGUGCCUGUCUGAGACAACACGCCAUGGUCCUGUCUUCACCCAGGAGCCCAGUGACAGUAUUUUCCCGCUGAGCACUGAUGAUAAGCAGGUGUUUAUUAAUUGCAAAGCGAAGGGAAACCCACCUCCGAAUUAUAGGUGGAAAGUGGAUGGCAGAGAAAUAAACACAGAGUCAGAUCCAAACUACAGUCUUGUAGAGGGUAACCUGUCGAUCAAUAACCCUCAUGUCAUCAAUCAUGGAGGAGUGUAUCAGUGCAUUGCCACCAACACAUUUGGGACCGUUGUCAGCAGAGAAGCAAAAGUCCAGUUUGCAUUCCUGCAGAACUUCAGCAGGAAGUCGAGGAACAUGGUGUCGGUAAGAGAGGGUCAAGCUGUGGUUUUGCUCUGCGGCCCUCCACCCCAUUACGGAGAGAUCAAAUAUUCAUGGGUUUUCAACGGACAGCGCAGCCUUCUGCAACCGGAUGCUCGGCGUUUCAUCUCUCAGAGGACGGGCAACUUGUACAUAGCCAAAGUUGAAGCCUCAGAUGCAGGGAACUACACGUGUGUGGUGAGAAACAUGAUGACCAAUGCCACAGUGUUCAGCUCCUCAACCCCUGUGGUGGUGCGGAGGGACGUAGUGAUGGGUGAAUACGAGCCAAAAAUCGAGGUUCAGUUUCCUGACACCCUUCAUGUCUCUAAAGGAUCAUCAGUGAAGCUGGAGUGCUUUGCCUUAGGAAACCCUGUGCCUUCCAUCUCAUGGAGUAGAGCUGAUGGAAUUCCACUCCCUGGCAAGAUUAAAAUCAAUCACUCCAGUGGGGUUCUGGAAAUUCCAUAUUUUCGCCCGGAGGAUGCUGGUGUGUAUGAGUGUGUGGCCGAAAACAGCAGAGGACGAAAUGUUGCCAGAGGGCAACUUAUAUUCCACAAUGUUGAACAUCUGCACUGGGUCCAGACACUGAAAGAUGCUCAUAUGGCAAUAGAUGCUAAUCUGCAAUGGGAAUGUAAAGCAGUCGGUAAGCCGAGGCCAACAUACAGAUGGUUGAAGAACGGUCAGCCAUUAACGGCAGAGGGUAGGAUCCAUGUGGAAGCUGGUAGACUGACCCUAUCAAGGAUUAGUCUGUUGGACUCAGGGAUGUAUCAGUGUGUGGCAGAGAAUGAACAUGGAGCUGUCUAUGCCAGCGCUGAGCUGAAGGUUGUGGCCUCCCCACCUAACUUCACCCGGCGCCCCGUGAAGAAGUCAACAGUGAUCCAGAGGGGUGGUGAGGUGGUCUUAGAGUGUCGCCCCCACGCUUCCCCAAGGGCUACAAUCUCCUGGUGGAGAGGGGGUGAACUCCUGAAGGACAGCAAGAGACAGACUAUCAUGGAGGAUGGGACUCUGCGUAUCACCAACACAUCAAAAUCUGACGGAGGCAGGUACACAUGUGUGGCCAGAAACCAUUUCGGAACAUCCAGCAGCACAGGAACGCUGGUGGUGAAAGAACCCACCAAAAUCAUGGUUCCACCCUUGAGUUUGGACGCCACCGUGGGACAGAGCCUUGUGUUGCCAUGUGAGGUGUCCAGUGAUUCCUCCCUGAGCCCCAUUUUUAAGUGGUUUUUCAACGGCAAAGCCAUUGAUUUCAGCAGGCAGGAGCACUUUGAAAUGAUUGGAGGGGGAUUUGCAGGUGACCUGAUGGUGAGGAACAUUCAGCUGAAGCAUUCUGGGAAGUAUGUCUGUAUGGUACACACUGAAGUCGACACAGUUUCAGCAGCCGCAGACCUAAUCGUCAGAGGACCUCCUGGAGCCCCGGAGGGCCUGGUGGUGACUGACAUAACUGACACCACUGUGCAGCUGUCCUGGGGCUCUGGAACUGACAACCACAGUCCUGUUAUCAUGUACAUGGUGCAGGCCAGGACCCCUUUCUCUAUAGGCUGGCAGAAUGUGAGAACAGUUCCUGAUUCUGUGCCUGGACAGAUGAUGCACGCAACAGUGAAAGAUUUGAACCCCUGGGUGGAUUAUGAAUUCAGGGUGUUGGCAAUCAACAGUGUUGGUGUAGGAGAACCCAGCACGCCAUCAAAACCGAUUCGAACCAAAGCAGCAGUUCCCAAGGUUGCACCAGUUAAUGUGAGUGGCGGCGGAGGAUCUCGAGGGGAACUUGUCAUCAUAUGGGAGCCAGUUCCAGAGGAACAGCAGAGCGGAGAGGACUUUGGCUAUGUCGUGGCUUUCCGCCCACUCGGCAGCAGCACCUGGAUCCAGACAGUGCUGGCAUCACCUGAUGCAUCCACAUAUAUUUACAGAAAUGACAGCAUCGCACCACUGUCCCAGUUUGAAGUGAAAGUGGGAGUGUACAACAGCCUGGGAGAGGGGCAGUUCAGCCGUGUUGUUAAAGUGUUUUCUGCAGAGAAAGAGCCCUCUGAGGCACCAUCAAGAGUGUGGGGCCGCGAUAUGUCUGCCUCUGAGAUUGAGGUGUACUGGGAACCAAUUCCCCCCAGGUCCAACAGUGAGAAGAUCAUUGCAUAUGAGGUUCUGUUUUGGGAGGAUGGCUCUCAGCAGAGCGAAGCAAACAGAGUGAGGGUUAUCAACACCACAGCUCUACUUUCUGGCUUAAAGGGCAGCACAGUCUAUCUGAUCUCAGUCAGAGCCCAAAACAGCGCUGGACUUGGACCCUGCAGCCCUGCAUUUAACAUCACUACCAAAAAACCACCUCCAAGUCAGCCUCCGGGGAAUAUUGAGUGGAACCUGACCAACUCUAAGAUCUUUCUAAACUGGGAACAUGUCAAGGCGAUGGAAAAUGAGUCUGAGGUGACAGGAUACAAGGUUGUGUAUCGUCAGAACUGGCAUGACAGGACAACUGUUCUGGAAACCAAUAAGACCAGUGUGGAGCUGCAGAUCCCUUCCGGAGAGGACUACCUAAUUGAGAUCAGAGCUCUUACCAAAGGGGGCGACGGCACCAGCAGUGGCCCCAUCCGCAUACCAAAGAUGUCCAGUCUUAACUCAAAAGGAUGGGUGUGCCCAGUUUCAAUGAAGAUUUUCUGUUUUAUGAUGUUUUUUAUAUUUUCUAUGUUCACUUUGUAGCUUCCGAUGCCUUUAUAUUUAGCUUUGGACAUUAGAAUGAAUAUAAUUUGUAUGAUUCUCUUCUACAUGUCAGAUUUGUGGAAUGAGCAGCUAACUGGAGAGUUUCUCGGCCACUGGUUUGCAAACCCGAACUGAAUGAUGGGAGUGUUCUGACAGGUUGUCAAAUUGCCAUGAAUAUGCGGCUGUAUUGUUAUUCAUAGGCAGCAGCCCAGUUACAACAUAUUUUCAUCUGCCUAUUUUCAGGAUUACUGCAAUCCUCCAGGAUGCAUGCAUUUGGUAAACAUGGAAAGAUGAAUUUCUUGUCUUUAUUUGUGAGAUGAACCUGCGCACAGGUUCAUGUCCUAGUCUCAUGUAUGUUUCCACCUUUUUGCCUCAAAUUCCAAGUUAUUUCUUGGCUUGCUGUGACCCCCAUGAAUGUUAUAGAAACGAAGGUACAAGUUUGACCUACUAUAGUAUAUGCAAUUUGAAAACUUCAGUUAAUGUCUAUUUACUUGGUUCUUUUCAUUUGAACUGAAAGCAUUAAUCCUUGACAUUUUUAUAUGAAAAUAUAUUCGAUUGUAUUAAUGGUGGAGUCAAAAUUACUCCAUAAAAUUAAAGGAAUAAUAUGACAUUUCAGGAAAUAUUUGUUUUUGAUUUUUAGCUGUUUUCCCCUGAUUCCUGCCUUUAUGCUAAGCUAAGCUAAUUAACUCCCAUCUCUAGCUCCAUAGUUAGUGCACAGAUAUGACAAUGGGACUGAUGUUCCCAUGUAACCCUUGGUAAAAUUUCCUAAAAUGGUACUGUACCGGUAUGGGAUGUACAAGUAUCCACAGAAAAUUAUGCAUACACCCAAUAUCCUGUGUGUGUUUGGUUAGCCAACUAGUAAGACACAAUGGUUCCUCCUUUGGUUUCAUACAACAUGAAAUAUACACCAGUCAGCCAACACAUUAAAGCCAGUUCCGGUUUUAAUACUGUGGCUGAAUGGUGUAUAUAUACAGUAUAUAUACAUAUAUCCAUAACUAAGUAUGACUAACAGUACGGGAAAUUUAUCAGACUUAAUUCAGCUCCCC